AUGAAUUUCCACUCAUUCUUGAUAACUUCCAUUAUAACCUCUCCUGAAGCUUCCAUUGAAAAACCUCUCUCAACUGCUACUCACUCCAAAAUCGCUUUUCGUUUUUGUGUCAAUUUGUGGUUUGGCCCAUGUGCACUCUUCAACAUGAGUCAAGAAUCGAACAAGAAAAUCACUCCUGAGAUGAAUGCUUUUGGGGUAAAGGUAAUGGGUCUGAAAUCCAAAACUCCUAAAUCUCCUAGGGUUUGUCAACUCAGUACCCCUGUUCCAGACGGUGAUACCUCUGGUCAUCACAAACCAGAGUCAAAGAAAAAGAAGACAAGAUCCAAGUCAGCUUCAUCGAAGACAAAGAAGAAAUCUGUGGCUGCCGAUUCUGAACCCAGUCUUGACGUGAUUUCCCAAGCUGUGACACAUCAGAAUAUGGAAGGGGACGAAGAUGAUGGUUUUGCUCUACUUGUCUCUGAGGUCUUAGAAACUCCUAUCAAGGAAAUCUCUCAUGCAGAUGUGGAUCCGAUUGUUCCACCACCGAGCGAAAAUCCAUCAAGCCCGGGUGUCGAUGCUGAUCUCAACAAGGAUUCUGACCAUCUUGAAGAUAUGACUUCUACACAUCCGGAGAAGGCUCAUGCAUCUGAGGCGUUGCUCUCUUCUCAAGUGGACUCAAAUAUGGAUGUCUCUGAAGAGGUAAUUGUUCCAAACCCUACUCCUUUAGUUGGUAAAGAUGUGCAUAUAAAGGGAGAUAAGGGUGAAGGUGAAGAACCAGCAACAGAGGAUGUUUUAAUCAGCACCCUGGGUGCUGCUGCAACUGCUGUUCUCAAAUGUCAAAAGAAGAAGAUUGUUAGGAAGUACUCCACUCGUUCUUCUGGAAAACAGGUGGGUUUGGGUUUGAGUGAGAACAAGAAGAGUAAGAAGGUUAUUGUGUUUGAUGAUGACACUCCAAUUCUGAAGACUAUCAAGAGAAAGCUUCAAGAUGUCAAUGCUACUAGUGAUGAUGAUGAGACUCCAACUGUGGGGUUGGAUAUGCCUGACACUGGUACUACUGCUAGAAAACGGAAGAUUAGGAAAAUAAUUCCAGAAAAUGUGUCGGCUGCUCCCUUGGAUAACAUUUCCUUCCAUUCUGAAGAAAGUGUAGGAAAGUGGAAGUAUGUUUUUCAUCGCAGGAUUGCUCAAGAGAGGGAAUUGAAUGGUGAGAUUCUGAAUUGUCAAGAAAUUAUGGAGUUGAUUGAGGCUGCUGGUUUGAUGAAAAAUAUUACUGAGAUAGGCAGGUGCUAUGACAAGUUGGUGAAAGAAUUCAUUGUCAAAGUGACUACCAAUUGUACUGUGUCUGGACAUUCUGAUUUCAGGAAGGUCUUUGUGCGAGGUAAAUGUGUAAAUUUCUCUCCUGAGAUUAUCAAUCAGUUUUUGGGAAGGAGCACUGUUGACACUGUUACUGAAGAGAUAUCUUUGAGUGCUAUCACUACUGAACUCACAGCUGGUCAAGUUAAGGAGUGGUCUGUCAAAGGUUUGUUGUCUUCUGCACAUUUGAGUGUGAAGUAUGCUAUUUUGAAUCGCAUAGGUGCUGCAAAUUGGGCUCCCACCACACACACUUCUAAUGUCUCUUCAGGUUUGGCCAAAUUAAUUUAUCUGAUUGGUACUAAGGCUAAAUUUGAUUUUGGAGCAUAUGUCUUUGAUCAAACCAUGAAGCAUGCUGAAACCUUUGCUGUCAAGCUCCCUAAUGGUUUUCCUUGUUUAAUAUAUGAGAUUAUUUUGAGUCAACAUCCUCAAAUUGUCAUUGCUGAUGAGUUCCCUAGCAAGAAAGCUAGUCCUCUCUGUAAGACCCUAAACCCAUUAUUGUAUCACUUAUGUGAAGUAAUGAAUAAAAGUGCAGUUUUUAGUGAAGUUUGA